UACUGUUGUUUUGUUUAGUCUAGUCGAUAUUUUCAAUAUUUAUAAAUAUUAAGGACUAUGACGACGUGGGGAAAUAUUUGCCGCAUAUGUAGCAGUCCCGCAGACUACAAUAUCUUUGCCAAAAUACCCACAUAUUUGCACGGGUCGACUAACGAGUUUCUGAAUUAUCAGAAGCCAAUUAACGUAUUGCUUGAAGAGACAUCCGGACUGAAAAACUCUCCAGAUGAUGGACUGCCAUCAUUUAUAUGUGCACUAUGCAUAUCGUAUUUAAAACACGCUGUAACAUUCCGCGAACAGUGCAUAAAAAACGCACUUAGCCUUAAGCUGAUCGAGCUAUAUCAACAGAAGUCUGUCAAAAAUAAGGGUGACAAGGAAAGUGCACUCUUUACUGCAGAGCAGCUGAGCUAUGUGGAGCAACGACCGGUGCACAAUCUCCUGCUUAACAAUAACAGCGCCAAGCUGGAAAGAACGGACAAAGUGCACAAACAACUGCUUAAUCAGACUGUGCCCCAACAAUGCGGCAACAACGAACGACGCAUACGCUACUUGAACGAUUUAUUCGACAAGCAUCGAAAUGCUACACAGGCAACAGUGGAGCUGCCAUCGACCAGCGCUGGCAGCGGCAGCGGAAAUGGCGAGGAAGAAGACUAUGCAGCCGUCACCUCUAGCGAUGACAACGAGGAGAAUGCGCUGUCACGCAAGCACAAGAAUUGCUAUAAUUACAGCGAGACGAAUUUCGAGGAGGAUGAUCCCAUGGAGCAGGCUCAGCUGAGGGACAUCAAAGUCAAUAUACCCGAACCUAUGUGGAAGGAGCGCAAGUGCCCGGCCUGCUCCAAGCGCUAUAUGCACGAAGACUCGCACCAAUUGCAUCUUGACAAUUGCGUGGAAUUUCAGUUCAUCAGCUUUGUUUCGGAGGUCAACAAACUGCUGGAGAUAAAGCGUCAAAAGAUGGUGUCACCACACGAGUUCAUUAGACGAAUGAUAUUUGCUCUACACAAAACCUGCACCUGGUUGCAGGAGCACUCGAUCGACACCGAUCUGGCCGAUAAACUAAAUCAGAGUAAAAUAACUAAUGGCAGCAGUGAGAAAACUGAGAAAAGUGAGCCAGCUCAAGAGGCCGCACCGAAGUGUUCGACCGGCUGGGAUAGUUUCCCAUCACCAUCAAAUGAUGAUGCGCUCUUUAGCAACUCCUUGCUUAAAUUUAAGAGCGGUACCAACACCCCAAUAACUGCUGAAAACAAUGUACUGUAUGCUAUUGAGCGCUCCGAGAGUCGCAACUCGCAAAAUACGCCCAAUCUAGUGGUAAAGAAGCCCAUACCUAUUAGAUGCAAAGGCCCGGCAUCUGUUGCUGCAGCGACUGCACCCUUACAUGAGGAGCGUGCACGUGCCACAUUUCUGGAGAAGCUGCAGCGAGCCACUGUCACGCCACAGCAGCAGUCGCCAGUGCCAGCAACGCCCACAAGUGCAACGUUGAUGCCUUUCUCGGCAGCGCGUUGCAGCCAAUGCAACUUGGUAUUCGAAUCCGUUAGCGAACUGGAGAUUCAUAAUGUAAUGCAUCAUAAUGGACAGUGCAAUGUUGGCAAUGCUAAGGACGAAGACGCACAACGGCGUCGCAUAAUUGCCCUAUUCGAAGAUGAUAUUUAAUUUAUUAUAGUUAUUAUUUUUAUACUGUGGCUACUGUCUGUCCUUUGUAUGUAUAUCAACAUUGAAUGUUUUCACCUGCA